AUGAAAAAAUCAAUUAUAAAAACAGAUUUUAAUUUAUCUAUUAUUAAUAAUUCAUUAAUUAAAUUACCAACUCCUUUAAAUAUUUCAAUUUGAUGAAAUUUUGGAUCACUUUUAGGAUUAUGUUUAAUAACACAAAUUAUUUCAGGAUUUUUUUUAUCUAUACAUUAUAAUCCAAGAAUCGAAAUAGCUUUUAAUAGAGUUAUUCACAUUGUUCAAGAUGUAAAUUACGGAUGACUUAUACGUUUAAUUCAUAUAAAUGGAGCAUCAAUAUUUUUUAUUUGUAUAUUUAUCCAUAUUGGCCGAGGAUUAUACUACAAUUCUUUUAUUUUAAAAAAAACUUGAUUAAUUGGAGUAAUAAUUCUUUUAAUUACUAUGGGAACAGCAUUUAUAGGAUAUGUAUUACCAUGAGGUCAAAUAUCUUUUUGGGGAGCUACAGUAAUUACAAAUUUAGUUUCAGCUAUUCCUUAUAUUGGUGAUUCAAUUGUAAAAUGAUUAUGAGGAGGAUUUUCAGUAAAUAAUGCUACACUUAACCGAUUUUAUUCAAUUCACUUUAUUUUACCUUUUGUAAUUUUAUUUAUAGUAAUUAUACAUCUAGUAUUUUUACAUGAAACUGGAUCUACAAAUCCAUCUGGAUUAAGAAGAAAUUAUUUUAAAAUUCCUUUUAAUCCAUAUUAUUCUAUUAAAGAUAUUUUAGGAUUUAUUAUUAUACUAAUAAUAUUAAUUUUAAUCUGUACUUUAGACCCUUAUAUUUUAGGAGAUCCAGAAAAUUUUAAUAAAGCCAAUCCUAUAAUUACUCCAAUUCACAUUCAACCAGAAUGAUAUUUUUUAUUUGCAUAUGCAAUUUUACGAUGUAUUCCUAAUAAGUUAGGAGGAGUUAUCGCAUUAUUGAUAUCAAUUUUAAUUUUAAUAACUUUACCUUUUACAUUUUCAAGAAAAAUAAAAGGAUCUCAAUUUUAUUGAAUUAAUAAAUUUUUAUUUUGAAUUUUUUUAUUUAAUUUUUAUUUAUUAACUUGAGCUGGAGCUAAGCCAAUUGAAUAUCCAUUUG